AUGGGUAAAACACAAAAGAAGAAUAGCAAGGGUCGUUUAGAUAGAUAUUACUACUUAGCAAAGGAGAAAGGAUAUCGUGCCCGUUCUUCUUUUAAGAUUGUUCAGAUUAAUGAAAAGUAUGGACACUUCUUAGAAAAGUCUAAGGUAGUCAUCGAUUUGUGUGCUGCACCAGGUUCCUGGUGUCAAGUAGCUUCACAAUUAUGUCCAGUGAACUCUUUGAUUAUCGGUGUCGAUAUUGUUCCAAUCAAGCCACUUCCAAAUUGUAUUACGUUUCAAUCAGAUAUCACAACCGAGGACUGUCGUUCUAAAUUAAGAGGGCACAUGAAAACAUGGAAAGCGGAUACCGUUUUGCAUGAUGGUGCCCCUAAUGUCGGUUUGGGUUGGGUUCAGGAUGCCUUCACACAAUCUCAGUUGACAUUACAGGCAUUGAAAUUAGCAGUUGAAAAUUUGAAUGCUGGUGGUACCUUUGUCACCAAAAUUUUCAGGUCGAGAGAUUACAACAAUUUGAUGUGGGUCUUUCAACAAUUAUUUGAGAAAGUUGAGGCUACAAAACCACCUGCUUCGCGUAAUGUUUCUGCUGAAAUUUUUGUGGUCUGUAAGGGUUUUAAAGCACCAAAAAAAUUAGAUCCAAGAUUGUUAGAUCCUAAAGAGGUCUUUGAAGAGCUCGCGACUUCAACAACCAACAAUGAAGCUAAGAUUUUCAAUCCAGAAAAAAAGACUAGACAUAGAACUGGUUAUGAGGAAGGUGAUUACUUAUUAUACCACACAAUGCCAAUCAUUGAGUUUGUCAAGAAUGAAGAUCCUAUAAAUACUUUGGGAACUCUCAAUAAGUUAGAUCUUCCAGAAAAAGAUGAUCACGAAUGGAAAAUUUUAAGAAAACUUCAAUCAUGUACUCCUGAACUUUUGGAAUGUAUCAAGGAUUUAAAGGUCUUAGGAAGAAAGGAAUUUAAAUUGAUAUUAAAAUUCAGAAAACAAGCCCGUGAAUUGUUAGGUUUGGAUGAAAAUGAGGAUGACAAAGGAGAUAUGGUUGAGGUGGAACCAUUGACAGAGGAUCAACAAAUCGAAAAAGAGUUGCAAGAUUUAACUGACAAACAGAAACAAAAGGCUAAGAGAGAGAAAAAGCGAGCAAAUGAAUUGAAACAAAAGGAAAUUGUAAGAAAUCAAAUGAACAUGUUAACUGAUAUGAAUAUUGGUAUCGAUGCUGCACAAAUUGGAGCUGAAUCCUUGUUUAAUUUAAAGACUGCUGAAAAAACAGGUGAAUUGGACAAGCUAGCAAAAGGAAAGAAAAAGAUGAUUUUUACUGAUGAGCUGAGAGCAAAGGACACUGAAAUUCACUUUGAUGAAAAUGAAGCUGAGUCUGCAGAUGAGUUAGAUGAUUUAGAAGCCCAGUUGGAUGAUAUGUACAGUGCUUAUCAGAAUAGAAAAGCUGAGAGAGAUGCUAAUUACCGAGCAAAGCAAACCAGAGGAGAUGUUGAUGAUGAAGGUUGGGAUGGUAUCAAAUCAGAAGAUGAAGACGAAGUUGAAGCCGAAAAGGAUUACGAAAUGGAUGGUGAUUCUGAACUGGAUUCUGAUGAUGAUGAGCAUAUAAGGUUAAUUGCAGAAAAAAAUAAAGAUGGAUUGUCAAAGAACGCUAAAGUCUUCUUUGCUUCAGAUUCCAUCUUUGGAGAGUUGGGGGAUGAUGCCUUAUUGGAAGAAAUUGCUAAAAGCCAAUCUGCUCAAACCACACCAUCGAAUCCUGUCGUUAAGCAAAGCGCAGAUCUUAAUGAAGAUAGCAGUGAUGAAGGGAUGACUGAUGAAGAUUCUGACUUUGAAAUCGUUCCAGCUGAAGGUGAAGAAGUGAAUUCUGAAUCAGAUUCAGAUUCAGAAAGUGAUGGCUUGUCAAGACAAUUCUCUCGGGCAAAAACACAGCAAGAAAAGGUAGACCUUGCGACUGUUGAAGCGAUGACCUUGGCACAUCAAGUUGCCUUAGGACAAAUGAACAAGUACGAUUUAAUUGAUGAGGGAAUAAACAGAUAUUCCUUCAGAGAUAAAGAAGAUUUGCCUGAUUGGUUCAUUCACGAUGAGAAGAAGCAUUCGAAAAUAGUCAAGCCCAUCACAAAGGAAGCGGCCUUAGCGAUCAAAGAAAAGGAGAGACAACUUAACGCUAGACCAAUUAAGAAGGUAUUGGAAGCUCAGGGCCGUAAGAAGAUGAGAGCCUUGAGAAGAUUGGAAAAGUUAAAGAAGAAGUCUGACUUGAUUAAUGAUGACAGUGGUAAAUCUGAAAGAGACAAAGCUGAAGAGAUCCAAAAGUUAAUGAAGAAAAUGACUAAGAAACAAAAGACAAAGCCAAAGGUUACAUUAGUUGUUGCUGCAGGCUCAAAUAGAGGUUUAAGUGGAAGACCAAAGGGAGUGAAGGGUAAAUAUAAGAUGGUUGAUGGUGUUAUGAAGAAUGAACAAAGAGCAUUGAGAAGAAUCGCCAAAAAGCACAAGAAGUGA